UCUUUAGACGUAAUUAGCCUUGGAUCUGUGAAUUAUAAAAGAUCUGUCCCGUGUAUUAUUCCACUCAUCAGAGAGGUACCACAUGUGAGACAAGGAAUAGUUUCACGUAUUUAUUAAGAGUUGCACCGGAACAAAUAGGCCUAUUACAUUGAAGAUGUCUGUUUUCUGAAAUACUGCAUCGUGCUCACGUAGAAGACAUCGAUAUUCAUACAUGUCGCCAUAAGAAGCUGAAAUGCCACCAAAUACUACAACUUGCAGCGUAAACCCCAAACCCCGUGCAUAAUUGAGUAAUUUUCAGUAUAUGAAGUUAGGUGCGACUGAACUACAUAGCAGUUUAACAUAUUUCAUAGUAGGUGGCGUUCGUGCUCUUUUGUUGUCAAACGCCUGAGGCACGAUAAGUUCAAAAUGGCUUGUUUUGGUAUUAUGUUUUUGACAGAAAUGUAUUGUGACAUUUUUAGGUAAAAUAUAUGAAAGAACAUCGACGUUCAGGUUGUUGUAACUCUUGAAAUGUGUCUUGUGAGACAGGUGACAAAUAUAGGGAUGAGAGCGGAAAGUGAUCUAAGUAUGGGGUCAUCAUUCCUGCAGCUGGUCAACCUAACCAUCUUGGAAGUUAAAUUUAAAAUGAUAUUACGUAAUGUAGGUAAUGUUGGAGUUCUUUGUACAGUGCAUUAUUAAGACAUGAGGAUACUUACGUCAUGAUACUUACUUUCCAUCUAACCAAAGAAUAUAAAAGAUGUGACCUUGGACUAAUUUAGUAAGACCUGGAUUCUUGAACUCCAAAAAUGCAUCCAAUUCGGCGUCGAAAAAAGCGUCCGAAUUACGGAGUUCGAACAGUUGAAGUUAGUCGAGGAAAGAAUGGGUUUGGUUUCACAAUAUCUGGGCAGCACCCGUGUAUUCUGAGUUGCAUUGUUGCUGGAAGUCCAGCCGAGAAGGCAGGCCUUCGACCAGGUGAUUAUUUGGUGGCUGUAAAUGGGCAAAGUGUAAGUAAAGUUCCACAUGAUGAUGUAGUACGUCUAAUUGGGUGCUCCUCUGGAGUGCUGAAGUUGCAAAUAGCAGAGAAUUACUAUUCAGAUAGUUCAGAUGAAGAUGCCAUCAUCCCAGCCAGACCUAAACCAAAGUAUAUGCACAAGCCACGAAAUGGAGGACAAAACCAACGCUCAACAGCUAUUGCACAACAGAGCAGAGGGACAAAGAUUGUCAGGGUUCUUCGAACUGGAGCCAUGUUUGAAGAGCAGCCAGUUGAAUCAUCUGCUAUAUUGCAGAGCCCUGGAAAAUCCAAACCUCCCUUGCCACAGCAUUGGGAACCUCCACUCCCACCUCCACGUCUUUACCCACUUUCCCAGACUGAGAAACCAUGUGAACCUGAUAGGGACAAAGUGGAAUACAGAGCCCUAGUUGGAUACCUUGGGACAAUAGAGAUGCCGAAAGAAUUACUGCCAGGCUCUAGGUUGCAAGUAGUUCGCAGUUGUAUCAAACGUCUGCGCACAGAGAAACGUGCGCAUACAUUGGUGCUAAUGAGUGUCUAUACACGCAGUCUUACUUUGACAAAUUGUCACAAAGUGACAUUAGCAGAAUAUCCCAGUGAUCGAGUGACAUUUUGUGGAACUAGUUCAGAUGAGGAACGACGGUUUUUUGGUAUAAUUACCACAGCAGUUAGACCAGUGGAAGAUGACAAUGAUGGUGGGGAGUUAGUCCAUUCCAGUUCUUGUCAUGUGUUUGCCAUUGAAUUGCGCUUGCAUGGAAGUCACGGUGAGCAUGCAGCAAAAGCAGAUGCGUUCAAGCUCCAUUGCAAUGUAGAUGCCACGACUGGGUUCUGUAGUGAGUUCCCAAGCUCAUCAGAUCCAAUUGUGUCUGCCAUAAAGGUUCUGUACAGUAGUCAGGAGACUGGGCCAGCAGGAAAUCGUGAUGUGGAAGAGCCAUUAGUUGCCAACUCUCCUCAGCCUAGUAAUGCCAGCAGUACAGCUACAACAGCGUCUAGUAAUAGUGACUCGGGGAUUGGUUUUCGAGAUGACUGUGGCAACCAGUCUGAUCGCAUUCUUGUGGUGGAUGUUCAGAACCAGAGACUCCAUAUUCAACAGAUGGUUAACGACAAUCAUGAAACACAGCAAAGUCAUAUAAGUGGGGUACAUCAACCGAAAUCAUGUGUGUAUGAGCUUGCAGGUUCAGCUAAUAGCAGCAGGUUAGCAAAACAUCCUGAUGAUAGACUGACUGUGCGUGUGAUGCCUGAUCCAGUGAUGAAUCUUUCUGGUGCUCUAGCUGUGAGCAAUCGUAGCAGAUCUCCUCUCAGUAGCGCCUCUAGUGAAGAUAAUGGUCAGGAACAGAAAACAAAUCCUCAUAUUGAGAUGUACUCGGAGCGAGCUGUGGAUGUGCCAGUUUACGACUUCUCCAAUUAUCAUGGAGGGACAGUGCUGGGUAACAGUAUGACUGCGAGAUCUAACGAUGACAUGAGCAUAAGUAGUGGAACCAAUAAGAGCCAAGACCAACUGAAUUUAACAUAUAAGAAUAAGUACAAAGAUUUUAUGACCAACAAAACAGUUUCUCAAUCUUUUUCUGCUAACUUCCAAGAAAAAUCUGCAAAUGGUGCAAAUUUCAAGUUUCCAAGUUUUUCUGGCGUUAUUAAGAGUGUCAAGUCAGUAGAUGCUAUGAGUGUGGGCAGUGGGCAGUCCCAUGAUAUGCUCCUUUCCUGCAAAUUGAGUCCUAAAGUAUUUGACGCACCAUUGCGACCCAUGACACUCAGCUUGGAGGACCUGAAGGUGGCUGAAGUUCCAAGUGAUGAAAGGGAUCUGGUUGCGACCAGUCUGAGCCUCUCAUCCAGCAGAGGGCAGCACUGGGGCAGCCUCCAGGAGCUACGCAGUUUUGUAGCCAACUGCUUUGAGACUUCACCAGGUCCUGGAGACAUGCAGAAACGCCCACAGCUGAAAAGAUGGGGCGUAGCAGCGGUUACUGCGAGCAAGACGUUUGUCCGAGCCACAACUGGACCCCGAGCUGGCAGACGCUUUUGUCGGAGUCUUCGUCGGCGGUCCUCCGCGGAUGAAGGAGGAUUUUGUAAGCACAAGGGCAACACAUCAGGCGUGGAACUGUUACAAGAUGAACCCGCACGUGGUGUUGCAGGAUGGGCUGCAUCUUUUGAGAAGCUUUUGGGAGAUCCAGCAGGGUUACACACAUUUGCUGAAUUCUUGAAAAAAGAGUUCAGUCAUGAAAACAUCUACUUCUGGGUGGCAUGUGAGAAGUAUCGAUCCCUCAGUAGUCCUACUGAGCGUGCGUCUUCUGCAAGGGACAUCUUUGAACGCCACCUGUGCCUGGGUGCACUUGAGCCUGUAAAUGUAGACUCCCAUGCACGCCAGGCUGCACAAGAUGGUCUGACAGAAGCGGCUCCUACGUUGUUUCUUCAGGCACAAAAGCAAAUCUUCAACUUAAUGAAAUUUGACAGCUACCCCCGGUUCCUCAGGUCAGAGCUUUACAAGGAGUGCCUUGUUCGGGAGUUAUCUGGACAGGAAUUGCCCUGUGCUGGUGGGGAUGAUCUAGAUGCAGGGCUGCAGCUUCAUAGCACUGGUGAAUCCCCAAAUCAUAGCAAGUUGAAGAAAAGUAGGAGUGAUGCAGAAGACCGUCAUAGAAAAUCGUUGCUUCCAUGGCAUAGAAAGAAUCGCUCCAAAUCAAAGGAUCGUGGUGAAUCAGAGUACAACAAGAUCAGAAUGCUUCAACAGAAACGUGACACGGAUGACACAGUAUCUGUGCGUAGUGAUGUCACCAGCAGUAGAUCCUCUCUUGCUUCCUGGGAUCUUGCCUUGAGAGGUUCAUUCAGCCGUCAGUCUGUGACGUCUGGAGAGGGCGAGACUUGUUGUACUCUGUGUCGUGUAAUCUUGCCUGAUGGUGCAACUACAGUUGUGCAGACACGAAGCAGCGAAUCUAUACGUGACCUCAUAUUGCGACUGUUAGACAAGCGAGGUCUUCAUUACUCUGCAUUUGAAGUGUUUGAUGGUAACAGUGUAAAGCCACUCUCCCUUGAUGAAGACUCUACAGUUCUGGCAGGCAAGGAGGUUCGUGUGGAGCAGCGAGCUGUGUUCAGGCUUGACCUCCCAAACAGGAAGACUGUUGGUGUCAAGGCAAAGCCUGGCAAGUCACUGGCCGAAAUCCUGCGGCCAAUCCUGCAUAAAUAUGGCUACAAGCUGGAGCUUGUGACAUUGUGUUUAAUGAGUGAAAAUGAAGUUGUGGAACUCAGUGCACUGGGCAUGACAGUAGACAACCAGCGACUACAGGUGCUCACAAGGAAUGCAGAAGGAUAUGUAUUUUCAGCCUGGAAGAAUGAGGUGACGCACACUGUAACAUCACAACAUAAACUUAAGGCUACAGGCCCAACAUUGGAUGAAAUCACAAAUCGGGUAUUUGAGGAGCUAUUGCAAGGAAAGGUUACUGACAGCACUCAUACAGCGUCCGAUCAAGGAUCUAUCAGGUCAGAUGACUGGGGUUCAGAACAUUCUUCGGGUAUCUUUGGACGCUUCCUUAGGAGGGACUCUGCCCUCCUGGAUAAGGCAAGGGAAUCUCGUGUGAAAGGCAAGAAAGGCGCUGGAACCAAUAAGCAUAUUGGAGAGGAAAGUGAAACAAAAGUUGUAUCCACUUCAAACCCGAAGCCACCUCUUAUCACCAAGUGGAAAGUUGGUGUCAAACUUCAGGGACGUUCAGAGAGUGACGAACUUUAUGAAGGUCUGAAGCGAGCACAGAGGAGCAGAUUAGAAGACCAAAGAGGAACAGAAAUAAACUUUGAACUGCCUGACUUCUUGAAGGAUAAAGAGAAUGCUCCUCAGACUGGUAAAAAGUUUCGAAAGCUUAGAAGAGGUGAAGAAAACACUUCCAAAUUUUAUGAACCAGAACCUCACCCCCAGUCUCAUCCUGCAGUUAGUGGUCAAGAGAGCUUGCCAGUUGGAACAAGUGGAAGCAAGUGUAGUUACCGAGCCAAUACGUCCACAACAGGUGCUUUGGUAACUCGUUUACUGGAUCAGAGUUUUGUAACAGAAGGUGUGAUUCCAUCUGCUCGUCAAGCUGAGGAGUACUUUUUGGGACGUCGGCCAGAUCCCAGCAAACUGGAAAAGACACAUCAUGGUGACAGUUCAGAAACAGGUUCAUCACUGGACAACACAUUAGUAGAACUGAAUCCACUAGAAACGACAUUAACUUGCGCAGAUGCCAGAGACGAGUCGACUCGUCCACGACAACAUAGUGAUCCCCCACCUUUACCUCCAAAACCUAAGCAUCUUCCUGUCAAAACAUCCAUGUGGGCAUCCAGUGCUUAUGUUUCAAACUCUACCAACCCCCCUACCUUUAGAUCACCUGGAGAUGGUGCCAGCUCCAGGUUCCUAAGACCCACAGAAGUGAAAAAGGAUGUCAGAGUCUGCAGGAGCCGGAGAACUGUAUACCUCGAUCAACCCAGCAGUAGUUUCGUGUGAUGUAAUUCAAUUAUUGAUCUUCAGAAUGUUGAGUUUUAUACUUGGCUUCAGUAUUUGUUACCAGUAGUUCACUAAAGCAUUUCCAGUUUGGUGAUACAUGGUCAAAGCAAUACCUUGAAACUUGUAUCAUCUUGAAUACCACUUCACUGUUGAUAAUGAACAAAAGUGAGUGUACAUAGUGGUACUGGAUGCUUCACCAAGUAGCAGUGCGGUCUGGCACAUUUGUUUGUCCAGUCUUUUGUCCACACACACAGCAGCUGUAACCAUUUUCACAUUGUAUAUACCAUUUACUUAGAAGUAAUUUAAAUAUUGUAAAACAGUUAAUGUGGGGGAAACAAAUUUUUUUAUAUAUUUACUACGAGUAUGGAGACUAUAAUUGUAUUUGUGAAGUAGCACUUGAUGCAAAACCAGUGAAACUGGUAUCUGCUACUACUAUACUACAUGCUUAGCCUACAUUGAGUUUUGGCAUUUCUGAAGACUUUUGUGUCAGCUUUUUUAACUUUCUGACAUUGUUAGUACUCCUUCACUGGAGGGUCACCAAGCCACUACCAGCACAGGAAACCACAAUAUGGAAGAAUGCCAACACACAGCUGUGCCUCAAGUGAGUUUGAACCCAUGAUACCAAUGGUUGAUAAACCAUGACCAGCAUUUUGGAACAUGUGGCCACAUAAAUUGGCUGAAACUGGUGUCUUCUCUGCCUAAUUUUAAUGUAUAUAGGAGUAUCACAGUAAUCGUACAAGUUUGCCCUCUUACCUGUGGUACAUCCAUCUUGCAGUCUGGUAAAUGUAAUAAUAAAUUUCUACUUUUUCAAGCACUUAUAUCAUUAAAGUCUCCUCAGGCAGUCAGUCACAUUAAUAUGGAAUAAAACUUGGUUCAAGUUAAUGUAGCAAGGUAUGUUGGACAUAUUGGCUGAACUACCAAGAUGGGAUGCAAAGAAGCAGGCAGGGCACAUAUGUAUUCCAGUCAAAUUAGUCUACUUAUUUGCCAACUGCUGAAUUAGAUCAUCACAUAAAGUUAAAAGAAACCCCAGCGCUGGAUGGAACCAUGGGAUAUGUGGAUUGUGGUAGAGUUGCAUCAUAUUCUUCCACAUUCCAGCAUAAACACUGGAGUAAGUCAGCUUCAAGAUGAGUGACCACAUGCAGUCAUUCAUUGUUACUUCUAAGGUAAAGAAUCAUUGAAUUUGAUGAUUUCUGGGACUCCAUGUCUCUGCCCACUGCUUUCCGUUUUGGUGGUUCUUGGCCCAUAAGAACUAAAUUGUGUUAGGUCUGUGUGUGUAUAUAUUUCAUCUGCCCUGGUGAUGUGAACAGAGUCAUUCUCUGAAACAUCAGAAUUUUAUUAUGACUUGUUGCUGCUGUUCUGUCAGCAAGGCAUACAUGUCACCGAACUGAUCAUCUGGCUUCAAAUUGAAUUAUUCAAUAGCAUACAAAGCAGUGACUUUGCUUUCAAACCUUCAGGGUCUUAAGGACUGAAAUAAUGAUGUUUGUAUGUAAAAUGAAGUAUGUCAAUACUUUAGAUAAUGGAAGUUUGAAAUAGGGCAUUUUAUUCGAUAUUAAAUUUUCAAAAAGUUUGCAUUCAGGUGUGCAUGUUCUCAUAAACCAACAGUGGCUUAUUUUCAUCAUUUGAAGUGUUCUUGUUUUAUAAGUAUGUACAGUAACUUAAUGGAACUUUACAUAAGAUAUCAUUAUUGAUUCAAUGUAUGUGAUGUUACUGAAUAUUUUUGCUGGACCAAUAUUAACAAUAUUCUGUACUCACUAUAUGUUUCAGACUUUCUGGUAGGAACUGUAGAAGAAUGGGGUGGUCAAAUAGGUGCAGUAUUUUGGGGGUUUAAAUAUGCUAACAUCAAGGUUUGUGCUACUUACGAACAAUACUGGGGAUGCAAGGGAUCAAGUCUUUAAACUGUACAUAUGCCUAUUAUGCACAGAAUUUGGUUAAUCUUUAUAUUGAACACAAUAAUAGGUGUGAUUGCCAUUUCUGUACAGCUGUUUGUAAUAAAAUAUUUAUGAGUGAAAAACACCA